AAACAGAAGAGGACGUGUCAAAUCGUAAUUCCACCACUAGAGUUCUCCUGUGUAAAAAUCUGUCCUGCUCUUUUAAUGUUGGCGCUGUGUUUACCUCUCCCCAAUCCUGUGCUGUGUGGCCAGGCCAGCUGGACGUAAACCUGACCAUAAUUCAGACAAUCUCAAACUAUCCCGGAAAUGCAAAUGUAAAGUAUCUUACAUUGAAUCCUUCACGGAUUUAUACAGUGACAUAUAUUAUUAAUACUGUAGUGACGGUGUCAUGAAUAAAGAGAUCAUGUCGCGUGUGGUGAAGAAGAGGCAGGCGGAUCCAAAGGUGGUCCAGUACGUGUGGGCUGCCAUUGAGGUCAUCCGCAACCAGAAACAAAUUGCCAACAUGGACAGGAUCUCAAAGUACCUGAGCCGUGUGUUUGGCAUGCACCCCAAGGAGACAGCCAGGCAGCUGAGUCUGGCAGUGAAGGAUGGCCUGGUGGUGGAGACUCUCACUGUGGGCUGUAAGGGCUCCAAGGCCGGCAUUGAGCAGGAGGGCUACUGGCUGCCUGGAGACGAGCAGGAGCCGAAGGCCGAAGGAAGCAAGACGGAGAGCGAGCCGCAGGAGGAGGAAUGGGAGGCAGAGAGCCACGACUGGUAUUGCUUCGAGUGCCACCUGCCCGGAGAUGUGUUGGUGUGUGACAACUGCUUCCGUGUCUAUCACCUCAAAUGCCUGUCUGACGAGUACAAGCCCCGGGACAGUGGAUCCCACUGGCAGUGUGUGGUGUGCAGGGGUAGUAAAAAAAAGAACCUGAACAAGCAGGAGAUGUGCAAAUACCUGCGUUUUAUCAUUCAGCGCAUGAAAGAGAGGGCUGUGGACUUGAACAAGAAAGGCAAAGACACUAGACACCCGAUGUACAGAAGGCUCAUCCACACCGCGCUGGACGUCGCCAACAUUCAGGAGAACCUCACCGAGGGGAAAUACAAGAGCUUCGACGAGUUCAAGGCAGAUGCCCAGCUGAUCGUGCACAAUACCGCCAUUUUGUUUGGAGUGCAUAGUGACCAGGCUGAAAUAGCGCGGUUACUCUACAGUGACACAUGCCAUGAGUUAAACGAGUUAAUGCUAUGUAAGAACUGUUUCUACCUGUCCAACGCUCGACCUGACAACUGGUUCUGCUACCCCUGUACUCCUAAUCACGAGGUGGUGUGGGCUAAGAUGAAGGGCUUUGGCUACUGGCCAGCCAAGAUCCUGCAGAGAGAGGACAAUCAGGUGGACGUCCGCUUCUUUGGCCACCAGCACCAGAGAGCGUGGAUCCCGGCAGACAACAUCCAGGACAUCAAGGUGUCGGUGCAACAGCUGCAGGUGAAGCGCAGCGCGGGCUGGAAGAAGGCCUGUGAUGAGCUGGAGCUAUCCCAGCGUUUCCAGAGGGAGGGCCGCUUCUGGAAGACCAAGAUGGUGGAGAGGCUGGAGGAGAGGAGAGGAGAAGGAGAGGAGAGGCUGACAGAGAGGCCGGAGGAGGCCGAGUCCUCCAUCUCCUCCACCAGCAACACCAACGAGCAGGUCAAACAUAAAGCAGACAGACAGGCAGACCGAGACCGACAGACAGACAGUCAGGAGCCUAAAGCAAAGAAGAGCCGUCGCGGUCAAGCUCCAGAUCCCAAAGAGGAAGUCAGUGACCCGGAGCCUGAGAUAGAGGCUGUGAGCAGCAGCCAGGAGAUCCCCGUGACGACGCCCCACCAGCCAGAGAAGCUGUCUGUCUCCACGCAGACCAAGAAGGCCUCAGCAGCCUCGCCACGCUGCCUGCACCGCAGCACCCAGACCACCUCUGACGGAGCCUGCCAGAACAUGUGCCACGAGAAGUAUACCAAGAUCUUUAACGACGUCAAGGACAUGAUGAAGGCCGACAACAAGAGGGAGACGGAGCGUGUGGUUCGAGAGGCCCUGGAGAAGUUGCGUUCUGAGAUGGAGGAAGAGAAGAGGCAGGCGGUGAGCAAGGCGGUGUCGGGGGCCCAGGCUGAGAUGGAGAGAAAGUGUAAGAUGGUGAAGGAGAAGUGUAAGGAGGAACUGGUGGAGGAGGUGAAGAAGAUGGUGGCCCAGCACAAACAGCUACUCUCGACCACCAAGAAGAAGCAGUGGUGUUAUAACUGUGAGGAGGAAGCCAUGUACCACUGCUGCUGGAACACCUCCUACUGCUCCAUCAAGUGUCAACAGGAGCACUGGCACGCCGACCACAAACGCACCUGCCGUAGGAAGAGAUGAACAACCGCACCCCCUACCCUAGCUCGCCUUCCCAUUGGCUUGCCCCACUGUCACUCACCCAACCACACCCCUACCUGCCUUCCUGAACACUUUGUGGACCGAAUCUUUGCGCAACGUCUGAAAAAAUGGUCUCUUCAUUUUAUUUCAUUACAUUAUUAUUUAAUAUACCCAGUGUAUUGAUUUGUUUAGUUUUUUUCCGAAUCAAGACCAUGGCUCGAAUGCAUAGCAUGGUAUGAUUUUUUUAUUGUGCUAAUUUGACCUAUGUUGGAGAAUGUGUUAUUUAAGUUAGUAAUAACCAAUGAGCAUUAACUGAAUACAUUUUAUUACCUGAAUUUUUUUAUCACUUUUCUUACUGUAAAUGUUUAACAAUUAAUAUUACAGUCGAUUUUAAACCGUAAGUACUAUUGCAAUGUUGAAUAAGCUCUGCUUUCAUACAGAAAAUAUUUAAAAAAUGCUAUAAAAAAAAAAAACGAGGAAAAGAAACUUCAAAACGGUAAAUGUAGAUGAAUCAUGGUCAUUUAGCGUGAUUUUAUCAUGAACAUAGUUUGGUGAACAGCACCUUUUUAUUGUUUUUACAUGCAUCUCUCAUCUUCAAGUCACUUAAACAUCAUUGGGAACAGGGUUAUGAAGUCGGCUAUAAAGAAGCUGACAAAAAUCUUCCGUUUGUUAUUAUGCACAUUUUGGGUUGACUUUUUGAAUACAUUGUAAUUUUUAUGAAUCAAAGAAAAAGUGAAACAUUUCUUGGGGGAAUAUAUAGCAAUCUUUACUGAGCUGGAUCUUAGAGAGGUUCCUUCCUAAUUUGACAGUUUGCACAUUUCAUUUCUUUUCAUAACCCAAAUGCUUGUAAUAUUGCCAAAAACAACAUUUGUUGAACCUUAUCUUAACAGAGAAACUGUGUUGAGUGCUGUUUUUUCCCCCCCUCGUUUUAUUUUUUUGGUUGACAUCAGUGUUAUUGUGAUGUUCGCUGUAAGUACGCUUUUACAAUACUCAGUGACUAGUUAUGAGACUCUUCACUGCAUAUGCUGUAUUUGGUGGUUACUUUCUGUUUUUUCAACACCAUCCUCAUAUUCUGAGUAAAGAGAUGUGCAUGUUUGAUAGUUUCACUUUUUUAUUACUAGAAAAAAAGCUUGCAGAUUAUUUUGGUUUCCCAUAGACAAUGAAUACGGAUGGACCAAUAUAAAAUAUAUGCAAAUAUGAAUGAUCAGGCUUGUUAUCUUUUAGUCAUUUUUAUUUUUCUCUUACUGGAGUCUGGUGUGCAAUGUUAUCCUUUUCUUGUCUUGGAUCAUUUAUUAAAGGGUAAUGUAAUUGCCAAUUUUAUUUUGAACAGAAGUACUAACCAAGAGGCUACUUGGGAAGUCAGACAAUAUUGGAAGUCCAUGUGACUGUUUCCUUAGUUAUGAAGAGCCGACUGAACAGAGGAAAUGUCAUCACCUGCAUUCAUUCAUUUUAUUGCCUAGUUUUGGACACUCGGUUUUCAAUGAUGGCAACUCUCUUUUCCGUUAGCUCUGACAAGUGCAUCACUUUUCAGAACUAACACAAUUAUUUGUAUUAGUUAGAACAGUAUGAUUUAUUUUGAACAUUCUUUUUUUUUUCAAUUUAUUUUUCUCUUUCCUUAACCAUAUUCUAUGUUUUUGUUAUUUUUCAAUCAGAGAAGCAGCAUAAUGUUUAGAAGUAAUUAACAAACUGCUUGAUUUGGGACAUGUUUUAAUUAUGUUCUCAAUUUAAUCUUGAUGCACUCCCUCAGGAGACCAUGAACCGAAUCAUGCAUGCCCUGCACGAAUGCCACAAUCUCUCUUUCUCAAUCUCUCAUGGCGUUCUUAACAAAAUCAUAUUCUGUUUGUCAUGGUUGCACUACAUGUAAAUAAACUUGUUCUCUUACACCAUGUAAUUCUCAUGAGAUUAUAAGCUACACACACUGAUGGUACACUCUAAUGGAAGUUAUUUACAUGGCUGAGGUUUGCAACUCUAGUUCCCCACUGGCGCGCUGCCCUCUAUUUGUAAGGCUAAGAGAGAGGACUAAUGUAAUUGGGGAAUUAAGCUAUUUAUAAAUAUGUUAACUUGAAAACCAGCAGAACCCUGCAGUUGUCCCCUCACAUAUGGUCAACUGUCUAUCUAUUACUGAGGUGACGGACUGUCCAGACCUCAACCACUGCUCUUAAAAACAUACAUGUUUGGUCUUCAUUGUUACAAACACUUCUUUGUCUGGGCUUUGGAAAGUAUUACAUAGGGGGUUAAAUCCAAUUUGUGAAUUUUAUCGGCUUACUUCUACUACAGUAUGUAUUUUAUAUUUGUCCAUUCCUGUAUGAUGAUCAUUUGUGAUAUUUUCCCUAUGUGGAAAUAUUUUGAUGUCAUUCCAAUUUGUGUAAAGUAUUUCUGGUAACUUGCAUGAGUAAGAUGUGUGUAUUACAGUCCUUUUUUCAUGUUAAAAGACAGUUCCACUUCCUGAAAAUGAUGCAAUAUGACAAUGAUAUUUCCUUUUCCUCUGAAAUUGCAGUCUAGCAAAUUUUCUCACCAUUUAAUUGAUUAAAUACUAACUUUUUUGGUGAGGAAAAGUAAAGUUUACGGUCUCACCCAUGACUUCUAUACGAUUCUUUGACCUGGUCAACUUUUUCCCUGUCCAUAUGCACACUAUUAAUAGUGGCUUAACAUUUUCUAUACUCCCGGCAUUUUGUUUUACGCUUUAGCUAGCAAUAUGUAUAUACAUAUAUUCUAUGUGCUAACAUGGAGAAAUAAAUGUAUCAACAAGUUCA